GGAGCGCUGGCCGCCACUCCGCCCGUGCCCGUCCCGCUGUGCCGGUCCGCCGCCGCCGCCACGAUGAGCAAGGGCAUCUGGCACACGCUUAAAACGAAAAAAGAACUCAUUCCCCUGGCCGGAAUAUUGUCCAUGGCAGCAGCUGGGGCGUUCUCUUUUUGUGUCUAUUCCCUAUUCCACAAAUCUGAUGUGAUCAUUCACAAGAUUGGCAGUUCAGAACCAUGGGAAAAUAUUGAUCCUACCAAGCCUCAGAAGCUGGUAACAAUCAAUCAGAAGUGGGAACCUAUAGAAGAGCUGGAAGAGGUCAAAAAGCUCACGAAGUGAGAAGUUUCUGCUGCCUCAAAAAGGUUCUUUUACAAUGGAUGUUCAGAAUUCAUAAUCCUUUCUGUGAGGAAGAAAGCAGAAGUGAAACAACUGCUAAUUGGGAAAAGUCCCCUUAGAUGAGUAAUAGUCAAGUGCUUUAGGUUAUUCUGCUGCAGCAAAGACAAACUUCAGUUAGAAAACCUGUCUCCCGAAUUCUAAGGUAGUUUAGCAUCAGAAACUUUGUUUUCUUCAGCUGAGAAAAAAAAUUAUAUAAAUGUUGCAUAAAUAUUUGUUUAUCUAGUUAGGAUGACUCAGCAGAAUUUCUGUUUUAGACGUGAGAGGAACUACUAGUCUUCAGAAUAAGUCCUUAGCUUGAAUUUUAAGCAAUGACAUUACAAGAAGAUUGGAUAGCAUAGAACCACAAAAAUACAGUGCUCUGAGGAAUACAAGUUUUAAGUAUGUUAAAACAGAAAAAAAUUUCAAAUAUUUCUCUGUAUUUCUACUGGACUGUGGUAAAAACGAAGUCCUAUGCUCUGAGUUGAUGUAUUAAUUGAGUUUGUUCUUCAAUAAGUUACUUUUUUUUGGCUGCAAAUACUAUGACCUAAGUAUCUGUCAACAUUGGGAAAAUAAUAUAAGUAAUUUUUAGUUAAUUUUUGUGUUUAGCACAUUUCAGUGAUGUUUCCAGUAGCACAUUAAGCAGUGUGACUGCUGUCAGUCACAGGUUGUUGCUUCUCUUAACAAUCUUAAUAUGUCCUGAAGGAUAACAGCUCUGGUAAUAAAACUGGUUUGCUUUGUAA